AGACAGUCUGCCACGUGACCGUGAUGUCAUCAGUGUAAUGGCAGCCUCCUUUGCACACUAAACACAAGGAACAACAGUUUUACCAGUAGUUUACAUUUCAAGACUCGCUUCUUUAAGAUAACAGCGCGAGACGGAUAAUACACUCUCUCUUCUUCGAUAGACGCUGCUAUGUCCCCAAAGAUCACGGUGGAGUUGCUCAGGCAGCUCCGGCAGGCCAUGAGGAACAGCAAGUACGUCACAGAGCCCAUUCAGGCUUACAUCAUCCCAUCAGGAGAUGCACAUCAGAGUGAAUAUAAUGCACCCUGUGACUGCAGGCGUGAAUUCAUCUGUGGAUUCAAUGGCUCUGCAGGUACUGCUAUUGUCACAGAGCAGCAUGCAGCUUUAUGGACAGAUGGGAGGUACUUCCUGCAGGCCAGCCAACAGAUGGACAAUAACUGGACUCUGAUGAAAAUGGGACUUAAGGAAACACCAUCCCAGGAAGACUGGCUCAUUAGCGUUCUCCCAGAAAACUCUAAAGUGGGAGUUGAUCCUUGGAUCAUCGCUGCAGAUCAGUGGAAGAACAUGUCCAAGGCUCUGAGCAGUGCGGGUCACUCUUUGGUUGCGGUGCAGGACAACCUGAUUGAUGCCAUAUGGGAGGAUCGGCCACCCAGACCCAGUACCAAACUUAUCACCCUGGGGCUCAAAUACACCGGUCUUACUUGGCAAGAUAAAAUUCUGUCUUUGAGAGGAAAAAUGGCAGAAAGGAAGAUUUCCUGGUUUGUGGUCACCGCCCUCGAUGAGAUUGCAUGGCUUUUUAACCUGCGUGGUUCAGAUAUCGAGUACAACCCUGUGUUUUUCGCCUACGCUAUCAUCGGCAUGAGCAACAUAAAACUGUUUGUGGACAGUAAGCGUUUGUCGGACCCCGCUGUUCGGGAGCAUUUGGAACUGGACAGUCCGAGGAAGCCAGAGCUGACCAUACAGUGUUUUCCAUACGAGUCUGUGCACACGGAGCUCCAGGCGGUUUGUUCAGCGCUCGCACCCAAAGAGAAGAUGUGGAUCUGUGACAAGGCCAGCUGUGCGCUUACACAAGUCAUACCCAAGGCCCACAGAUCUGCAAUCCCAUACACACCCUUAUGUCUGGCUAAAGCCGUCAAGAACCCCACAGAGAUCCAGGGCAUGAAGAUGGCACAUAUCAAAGAUGCUGUGGCUCUCUGUGAACUGUUUGCCUGGUUGGAGAAAGAGAUUCCCAAAGACACGGUCACUGAGAUAUCAGUGGCAGAUAAAGCGGAAGAAUUAAGAAGUCAACAGAAAGACUUUGUUGGGCUGAGUUUUCCAACCAUCUCUAGUGUGGGACCAAAUGGGGCCAUCAUACAUUACAGGCCUCUCCCAGAAACCAACAGGACUCUUACUCUUAAUGAAGUUUAUCUGAUCGACUCUGGGGCUCAGUACACAGAUGGCACCACAGAUGUGACCCGUACAGUGCACUUUGGGACUCCUUCCGACUAUGAAAAGGAAUGCUUUACGUAUGUCCUUAAGGGACACAUCGCUGUCAGUGCUGCAGUGUUUCCCAAUGGAACCAAAGGUCACCUGCUGGACUCGUUUGCACGUGCGGCUCUCUGGGAUUCUGGGUUGGACUAUCUUCACGGUACUGGUCACGGUGUCGGAUGCUUUCUUAACGUGCAUGAGGGACCGUGUGGCAUCAGCUACAAAACAUUUGCAGACGAACCACUGGAGGCUGGAAUGAUUGUCAGCGAUGAGCCUGGAUACUAUGAGGAUGGAUCCUUUGGCAUUCGGAUAGAAAACGUCGUCCUGGUCGUUCCCGCAAAAACCAAAUAUAACUACAGGAACAGAGGCAGUCUGACAUUUGAACCUCUUACCCUCAUCCCCAUUCAGCAGAAGAUGAUCAUGACAGAUCUGCUUACACAGAAAGAGCGUGAUUGGGUGAAUGACUACCACAGGAAAUGUUGGGAAACAGUUGGGGCGGAGCUAAAGCGACAGGGCAGGAAGGACGGUCUUGAUUGGCUGAUCAGGGAAACUCAGCCGAUUAUCUGAAACUGUCGUUUACUGACUUGUUGUUUCAGCCAGUCACCAUCAUAAUGAUCUCCAGUGAUUUCUCCGUCUUGCUUUCUAUCUGCUUUUCUAGUGGACAUCUUUUACGUUCUUCUUCUUCUUUUGUAAAGGACGCUCUCAACAGCUGUUUUAUGAUGUAAUUAAACUGUGUAAAAAAAAAAAUAAAGAGUUUUGCGGACAUCCACACACCUAAAAGAAUAUAGUUCACCCAAAAAUGACAAUUCUGUCAUAAUUUAAUCCCCAUAUGAUUUUCUUUCUUCCGUGGAACACGGAAACUUUCCAGGAAACUCUAGAGCUGCAUAUAAAAAAUGGACGGGUCCAGGGUGAUGCCACUCUUGGGGUCGUUGGCAUAGUCCUGCAGUGUGAUUAGAGUGUGUGUAGACAGUGUGUGAGGGGGGGUGUUGUCCUCCUCAUGUCCCACAGGUAGUGGGUUGCUGUAGAUGUAAUAGAUCCGUGAGUUGUCCUUCGGCCCCUCUUGACUGCUGAAUAGGGCGAGCGUGUUAUGGAAGCCAUGGGUUUUCCUCACACAAGUAACACCCACCGGCUCCUCGACUACCUCACAGGCCACUCCACUCUCAUAAACACGUGCCCGCUUAGGCUUCCUGUGACACAAGAAAAACAGAUAAUUUGAUGGCUAGCACUGGACAAUUUAGGAUCUACAAAGGAUCUUUUGAAGAAAGCUGAAAAACUGCUUUUCAUUUUUUUAUGGAAAAGAAUGGGCUUCAUGAAUUUAACAAAAACUUUGUCUAUAAAUAUGUAUGCCUGUGUGGAUUCGCUUAAGAUUGCAACCCUGUAAGAAAAACUGCCUGGCUCACAGUAGCCCCAAAAUGUAUUUGGACACUUGCAGCACUUAAAAUAUGAAUUUCAUUACAUUAAAGGGGCUUAAACAUCACUCGCGUUGCAGGCGUCAAAUAUGGAAGUAUAAUAAUGACGUCUUUUAUCUAAUCAAAAAUCUAGCUUCACUGCUGAAAAGCUACUUGAUUUAAAAAUUAGCCAAGAUAUCACCUCACUACUGAGCAAUGUAGUUAAGCCAUGCCCAGAUGUGCAUGGUUUAAUUUCCAACCGAACCACUUAAUUUUUUUUUCUGAAUUUGUAAAGAGUAAUAUUCGCCUUAUGUGCCAGGGAAACAAGUGCGCAGCCAUCUUGAAAAUUUUGACUGUCCAUAUCCUGUAUAUGGUGUUGGUGUCAAAGUGUAAUUAGCUAGUGAAGUGGAUUUACAGGUUAUAGAGAUGAUAAAAGUUCAUAUGAGUAUUUUAAAGUAUUCAGGGGAUGGCAUAACAACAGGAAACAGAGCGGGACGUUUUUGAAAUUCACAAAACCCUACCUUCACGCUGUGGACGUAUUCGUAUGCCUCUGAAAUGCCAAGAGACAACAAAGUAAUUAAAAAUACUUGUCACUAUUGUCACUAAUAUACUUCCAUAGUCAAUGCAUCACUCAACGCCACCCCCAGAUGAAACGCACUGCUGUUUAGCACUGACACUGCUCACGUAAUGAUCCCUCAUCGGAAUUGCCUGGUGAUCAUUGGCAGAUUUUUCAAAUGGUCAGCGGCAACAGCGUCAACGUUGAAAUUGUUUGAACAACUCAAUGUGACGCCGGUGUUGUGUCGAACUCUGUUUCCCCAUCAGGAUCUGUUUCCCUCCAGCAGAUCUGUAUGGUGGGGGUACAGGAUCUGACAGUAACAUUCUCCGCUGUCAGAAUGCAUUCCCCCAUGAACAAACCUAAGCCUAACCCUUCCCUACCAUACCAUAACCAUAACCAUAACCCCAUACCCUAUUGGGGCUAGGGGGAAACAGAUUCUGACAGGGAACACAAUUCGAUGCAAUUUCACUCCUUAGACUUCAGUGUAUUUGGCAACGCUGAUGCGAGUCAUGUGGAAGCAAGUUGCUUUUGGAACAAAUUAUCAAACAUAGUGCCAUCUGCAAACGAAUGAUGCUAGACCUUUUCUCCAAACUAACUUCACCUGUCUCUUUCAAUUUGCAAUUACAUUUAACCAAGGUAAUUUUAGUGAUUGUAUGAAGUCUGUUCCUCUCAAGUUCACACAGGUGUCCUAGCAGAGUAACCACAGGAGUAGGCCAUCACAUUAACUAUGGACAUGUCCCACUAAUGUUUGAAAAGUAGAAUGUGUCCAAAUACUUUUUCUUAAUUUUGAAAUGUGAACUGAUGAACCAAAACAUUAUGACCACCUGCCUAAUAUGCUGCUGGUCCUCUGUGUGCCGCCAAAACAGCGGCGACUCACCGAGGCAUGGACUCUUCAAGACCCCUGAAGGUGUCCUGUGGUAUCUGACACCAAGACAUUAGCAGCAGAUCCUUCAAGUCCUGUAAAUUGUGAGGUGGAGCCGCCGUGGAUUGGACUUGUUGGUUCAGCACAUCUCACAGAUGCUCAAUCGGAUUGAGAUCUGGGGAAUUUUGAGGCCAGGGCAACACCUUGAACUCUUCAUCAUGUUCCUCAAACCAUUCCUGAACAAUGUGUGCAGUGUGGCAGGGCGCAUUAUCCUGCUGAAAGAGGCCACUGCCAUCAGGGAAUACCAUUGCCAUGAAGGGGUGUACCUGGUCUGCAACGAUGUUUAGGUAGGUGGCACAUGUCAAACUGACUUCCACAUGAAUGGCCGGACCCAGGGUUUCCCAACAGAACAUUUCCCAGAGCAUCACACUCCCUCCACCAGCUUGUCGUCUUCCAACAGUGCAUCCUGGUGCCAUCACUUUCCCAGUUAAAUGUUGCACAUGUACACGGCCGUCCACGUUAUGUAAAAGAAACUGGGACUCAUCAGACCUUCUUCCACUGCUCCAAGGUCCAAUUCCAAUGCUUGCGUGCCCAUUGUAGGCACUUUCAACAGUGGACAGGAGUCAUCAUGGGCACUCUGACCAGUCUGCGUCUAUGCAGCCCCAUACACAGCAGGGUGUGAUGCACUGUGUGUUGUGACACAUUCCUCCCGUAACCAUCAUUAAAAUUGUCUGUGACUCGUGCCACAGCAGACCUUCUGUUUGUUCAGACCAGAUGGGAUAGCCUUCAUUGCCCUAAUGCAUCGAUGAGCCUUGGGUGCCCAAUACCCUGUCGCUGGUUUGUGGUUUGUCCCUCCUCAGACCACUGUCAUUAGGUACUCACCACUGCUGAACGGGAGUACCCAACAAGCCUUGGCGUUUCAGAGAUGCUCUGACCCAGUCGUCUGGCCAUAAUAAUUUGGCCCUUGUCAAAGUCACUCAGGUCUUUACUCCUGCACUCAACAUGUUGACUACGAGAACUGAUUGUUCACUUACCAUCUAAUCUACCCAGACCUUGACAUGUGACCUUGUCAGGAGAUGAUCAACGCUAUUCGCUUCACCUGUGAGUGGUCAUAAUGUUUUGGCAUGUCUGUAUAUGUGCAGUAUAUUGCUUAUAACUUUAAACCUAAAAAAGUACUGUGAACUACUGUACAUGGUUGCUUUCUUACCUCCUGUGAUUGUGGUGCAAGAUACAGGUGAUGAUUCCUGCUACAGUCAGAAUGCACAGAGCCAAAGAUGAAAGGGUGAUAUUAAACACCUUGACUUCUGUGUGGAAUAAGAAAUGUAACUGUUCAAUAUGAAUAGAAUCAUUAUUUUACUUAAAAUCAUAAUACAAAAUAUAACACAAUAAAGGGUCCUGGGUACAAAAAUGUGUGGAUUGACUUCUAGUUACGCAUUACCGAUGUUAUUCCUGUGUGUGGAGUUCGUGUAAACAGUACUUUACAGUUACAUCCUGUGUUGGGUAAAUUACUCAAAAACGAAUCCACUAAAAAUGACUAAAAAGUCAUUAGAAUACAGAAACGUAUUACUUUGUAAUUGGAUUACACCCACCACUGUGCGCAUAUAAUAUAAAGUUAGCAGGUUUACCAGCUUUACAUGGUAAAAACAGGAGUUGAAAGAUUAUCUAUAAUUUUGCAAAGAAAAAGUGAUUCUAUCUCACAAGUCUCAUGAUAACAUGUAUAAUGUUGUGGCUUUACUUUUGAAACUGUGUAUUUUAACAUUAAUUCUAGUGUACUGUGAACAUAAUUAAGAUAAAAUGACUUCUGUGGUACACGACAGCAUAUCAUAGAUUCUGUCAAAAGAAAUUGAGAUGUUUUGAACGGAAAACAUGCUUUGAAAUCACAAGACGGGGCCCACACUUAGGGUUAAAACAAAUGCAGACUUAAGUAUGUUUGACACUCUGAGAUCUUUAUUUGAAAACUAAUGUUUCAAACACAGUUACUCACCGCAGAGAGUGUCAUCUUGGUCCAGAAAGGCCGUCUCGUUUAAAGACAGAUCAGUCCCUGUUAAGCUCAUGUUGCUGAUUGCAUGGGCCAAAUAUGACCAACAAACUCUUCUGCCUAGAAAGAUGGUGAGAGAAUAUUCAUUAGUAUAAAACCAUGUGACUAAAGUGGACCAUGGGCUUCCAUGGAAACUCUCCUACAUCACCCAGUGGCCCCCUAACUUAUUGCAGGACUUGCUGCAGUCCACACAAACAAACACAAAGUGUGCAUUCAUUAAAUGUUCAUGCUUCAUUUCAUUUGGGACGUUAAAAACAAUAUUACACAAUUAACUCUGGCUCUCAACAUGAGAAUGCUGGGAAAUAAUCCCAUGAUGCUAACGCAUUUCCCACAAUUCUUUGAUUUGUCUUCAAAGUUCUUUCAAGGAUUCUAUUAUUAGAUUGUCCCUAUUGGUCCUUCUAUAUUUAGGAUAAACAGACUUCAGUUCAGCUUUUCCACAAGGGCAUUCCACAUACAAAUACACAAACACUGAGAAUUUGCCUGCAAGUGUUACGCCAAAAUUCUGACAACAUGUUAAAGGUGCACUCAGUAUUUUUUCCUCAUUAAUAAAGUUGAACUCCUAAAGACAUGAAUUGUAAUUUGACAUAUAUGUAUAAAAUCAUGAUCACUCACAUUAUAAUGAAGACUCCAGUCAUAUCAGUAACCUUAUAAAAGCUGUUUUACUCUACAUGGAGGGGGUCCGCACAUGUUAGAAUCACAUGACCAGCCGAAUACUGCUCACUUAAUCUCAGUAACCGUCCUGUUAUUGGACACUUUCACUCACUGAUUAAUGUAAUGAUGGCUGACUGUGAGUACUAAAUUUCUACAAUGGCAUCUGAAACUGAAAACUAUUGAUUUGAAAUGAUGCUGCAUCCACACCGCUAUAGAUGUCAGUGUAAGUCCAAGAUGACACAAAGACAAAAGUUACUGAGUGCACCUUUAAGGCUGCCAGUUAACUCAUAUUUCAUUUAUGUGCUCAUGUUUGGCUUCAGUAGGCACAAAUGCAUCAUACAUUUUCAAUGUCUGCAUACUUCUGUGGUAAUGUUCCCUGUCUAUAAUAAUACAUAUAUACAAUCUCUAUAUAAUGCUUUCUGGUAAUGUUCAUUUAUGGUAGGACAGUUUGUGGGAUAAAAGCCACCCUAUGACAGAUUUUAUCCUAAACUGUAGAAAUGCACACAAAAGCACAGUAUGGUCACUGAAGUACAGAAUAUUAAACAAAUUUGAGGUCUCAGCAGGACUGAAGGUGGUGUCCGUUUGUAUUUAUCAUGCAGUGCACAUACAAACCAUUAGAUGUCAUUGUUGACACUGAAUUCAGUAUUCUGAUGUGCAAGUGACGCUCUGAAGGUCUGAACGUUUUAUAAUACUUCACUCAGGCAAUUAGUUACAUUGGCUUUUCUAAAUAUGUCAAAUGUUAAUACUUAAAAGGUUAAAUCAGUGCAGCAGACACACUUGCUUUUUGCAACAGAAUAAUACCAAACUAUUGCUAUACCUGUAGUCAGGGUUAUGAGGGUUACUUUUGAGAUGUAUUCCACUACAGAUUACAGAAUACAUGCUAUAAAAUGUAAUUUGUAAUGUAUUCUGUUAGAUUACUCAAGGUCAGUAAUGUAAUCUAAAUACUUUGGAUUACUUCUUCAGCACUGGUAGAUUUUUUCACUUGUUUUGACUAUAAAAACUCAAAAAUACAUUCUCUGAAAAACCCAAAUAUCUUAUGCAGUGUUGUUUCUAAAACAAGAUUAAUCAAACUGAUCUUGUUUUAAAGAUUUUUAGAUAUUUUUACAGGAAAACAAUACAAAAAUUAUUAUCAAGAAUAUGAUUUUUGCCCUAAUAUCAAAGAUCUUACUAGAAAAAUAGAAAUUAUGAUCUAAUGUGAAUUUUCUUGAUAAAAAUAUGAUCGUGUCUGGUAACAUGUGCAUGUAAAAUGUCUAGAAAUAGCAUUUUAUCUUAGCGUAAAGCUGGCAAUUUACACAAGGUUUAUUUCUAAAUCUUCUGCUCCAAACUUACUUCAAACUUACUUCUCUGUUUGCUCGUAUGAAUGUAACACAUCAUAAGAAAGUGUUUCACCGCUGUUCAAAUGCACUUUGGAUCGCAUCAUUUAUAUGUAUAAAUGUUUU